AUGCCAUCUUGCCAUUACCUCUUCAAAACCAUUAUUGUCGGCAACACAGGCGUCGGCAAGUCAUGCCUUCCUUUUCAAUUUACUGAUAAGCGCUUUCAACACACUCACGACAUAACCAUCGGCACCGGAUUCGGAGCUAAGACAAUUUCAAUCAAUAAUAAACUACUCAAGUUGCAUAUAUGGGAUACUGCUGGUCAAGAAAAAUUCAGGUCCAUCACUCGGACUUACUACAGAGAAGCUAUAGUUGCAUUGCUCGUGUAUGAUAUAACUAGGAAGGAGACCUUUAAACAUUUGGAUUCAUGGUUGAAAGAGUUAAGGGAACAUGCUGAUUCAAAUGUGACUAUUGUAUUGGUUGGAAAUAAAUGUGAUCUUAAUCUGAGAAGAGAAGUGAGUACUGAAGAAGGUAAGCAAUUUGCUAAAGAGAAUAAAUUGAUCUUCUUGGAAACUUCAGCGAAAUUGGGUCAGAACGUUGAUGAGGCAUUUGAAGAAGCAGCUAAGAGUGUGUAUAAAAAGGUUGAAGAUGGAUUUUUUGACUUGAAAAAUGAGUGUUGUGGAAUUAAAAAAGGAUGUCUGGAGAAUAUUAAUGGGCGAUCUGAAGAAGGAAGGGGUGGUUCCUCUUGCAAGGCUAAAUGCUGCGGCACUUGA